AUGCAACAACAAGUGGCAUCAGAAGUUCAACACCACCAACUGAAAAAAAAGAACCAAGAAACACAGAUGUGUAGAAAAAUCAAACUCAGCAUCACUGAUCACAACAACCUCAAACUCACAACCACCGUUGAUAACGAUGACGGUGAUGUUUGUGACAAGAUAGACGGCGAGGAUCUCUUCAUUCCACCUCUCAAUUUUUCCAUGGUUGAUAAUGGCAUUUUCCGUUCUGGUUUCCCUGAACCUUCCAACUUCUCUUUCCUUCAAACCCUUGGUCUUCGCUCCAUCAUAUAUUUGUGCCCUGAACCAUAUCCAGAAGCUAACAUGGAGUUUCUCAAGUCAAAUGGAAUCAAGCUUUAUCACUUUGGAAUUGAGGGUCAUAAGGAGCCUUUUGUUAACAUCCCGGACGAUACUAUUCGGGAAGCCCUAAAAGUUCUUCUUGAUGUGAGGAACCACCCAGUUAUAAUUCACUGUAAGCGAGGAAAGCACCGAACAGGUUGUUUGGUCGGAUGCUAUAGAAAGCUCCAAAAAUGGUGCUUGUCGUCUGUUUUUGACGAGUAUCAACGUUUUGCAGCUGCGAAAGCUCGAGUUUCAGAUCAGAGGUUUGUAGAGUUGUUUGAUAUUUCAAGCAUGAAGCAUUUGCCUAUACCAUUUUCAUAUUUAAAGAGGUAA